UGCAGAUAUUUGAACACGUUAUUGAUAGAUACGAAAUCGAAGAUAAAAAUCGCUUGAUAACCUAGUCUUGGAUAUAUUUUGAAAUGUAUUUAUGCUACCAUAAAUCUCGUAAAUCACACUUGCAAUUACCACAGUACCUACUGCGUUAUCUCGUACGCAUAGGGAUACAAUAUCAUGUUUAUUCCGUCACGUUCUUGUAGCGCUCUACUUUAAUGUACUGCGAGAAUGCAGGAUCACGCAAGGUGCUCGCUUUUGUAAGAAUUUUGAUGUAAUUUUGUCAAGAUGGGUGCUGACGCCAAGCAGGGAAGAUAUACGACGCCAGAGGGCUCAAAGAGAUGGGAGUAUCUGAUUGCCUUUAAUUGUAAGAGCAAUUUUUGUUCUAAUUUUUGCUUGAAACGAUCGUCACUAUGACCAAUAAUUCUCUAUUGUUUUUGCUGAUUAUUAUUGCUGUCGGCGAUCUCCCACUCGAUUGACUGAACGUCACGAUUACAUGGUGCAAUUAUGCGAAAUCGAGGUUCAAUUAUAAGCUUGUGCAUCGGAGCGAUCAUAGGAUGGGAUUCGCCAAGCAGCGUGAAACUAAUGGCGCCGGACUCGUCUAUCCCGGCUACCGUCUCCAAUGUUUCCACCCUCGUAGCCAUGGGCGCCAUCGGUCAGAUACUGGGACCGAUAAUUAACCAACUUAUAGUCGACAGAAUAGGCCGAAGAAAGACUAUCUUAUUUAACGGAAUAAUGUCGAUCAUCUGCUGGGGCUUGAUUACGGUCGCUACGAACAUCUGGGUGAGCAAAAGUAUCUUUGCGAAACAUUGUGAAUUUUUCUAUGUGAUUCCUCUCUACUUUUUUAAGCUGAUGAGCUUCUUUAAUAAUACAAGUUUGUUUUUACUACAGUUUCUCUACUUAGGCAGGUUAAUGGGUGGUCUGUGCUUGGGUCAAUUCAUAUGUGUAUUCACGAUGUAUAUCGGAGAAAUUGCGUCCCCAAGUACACGAGGCGCCGGAGGAACCGCAAAUACGAUUACGUUUAACUUAGGCAUUUUUGUAAUGUUCGUCGUUGCGCCGUAUCUAUCGAUAUCAGCGGCGGCGGCAAUCUGGCUGGCCGUGUCUGUCGGUUUCACGAUCGCUUUCUGGUUCAUGCCGGAAUCGCCGUACUACUUGGUCAUGACGAAUAAAAUUGACGAGGCGGAGGCGGCGUUGGAGAAGCUGCGCGGUAAGGUGGACGUCUCGGAAGAAUUGCAGACGAUCGUCAGGUCGAUGUCCGACGAAAAGCAUCGGCGAAAGACUGGCGGCAUCAGGAAGCUGAUGACUACGCGCGCCAAUCUACGCGCCUUUAUCAUCGUCAAUAUUAUCACGAUCACCAAUGAAGUCGGCGGCUUCUUCCUGUUGCUCGCGUACAGUCGGAUUCUCUUCAAGUCAGCUCAGCUUCAGAUUAUCUCCGAUUAUACGGCCAAUAUCAUGCUCGGCGUGAUACAGGUGAUCUCUGCGACAAUUACCAUCUUCUUGAUCGAUAAGCUGGGUCGCAAGCCAUUAAUACUCUUUUCUGGCUUGAUUGCCGCCGCGUCAAACUUCGUCAUCGGCAUCUUCUUUUAUGCGAAGGAGUAUCUGAACGCGGACGUGUCUGCGUAUUCAACGGCGUUGUUAAUCGCGGCGAUGCUUCUGGUAUUUGCCUUCAAUUGUGGCUUGCUUCCUAUAAAGAUGAUCUUCAUGUCUGAAAUGUUUGCCACCGAGGUUAAGGCUCUCGCCACAUGCCUUCUCGUUAUCGCCAGCGGCUGUUUUGCCGUGAUAGCGGCGAAAGCUUACAUUCUGGUGGCUGUCACGUGGAACUACGGCCACUCGGUGCCUUACCUGGCAUUCUUCGCGAUCGUGACGGUAUGCACCAUUCUGAUUCAUCGCCUCUCGCCUGAGACGAAAGGCAAGACCUUUGUGCAGAUACAAAAGGAGUUGAAUGAUUGAAGCUGCGUUCGAAAGAUGAAGAAUCGGCGCUCCCAGUUCGACCUGGAAAAGGAUCCUCUAUUGGAUACCAAAGGAGCAUAUUGCUUCUCGUAAAUUGUGCGUCUUAAAGAGAGAUAAUGGGUACUAUAUGAGAUCUUGCCACGAAA